AGUAAGGUGCCUGCGUGGAAAAUAAAUAAACUUUUAUUUCCAUCAAUUUGUUUAUUAAAAGCUAUUUUUAAGAAUGGCUACAUCACAGCCUGUGCGCAUGAAUUGGCAUCCAAAUAUGAAACACAAUGAAGUGGAGAGAUGGAUUUGCAUUUACCCAGCAUACAUAAACAGCAAGAAGACUCGCCAGGAAGGUCGUCGCCUGCCAAAAGAGAAUUGUGUUGAGAAUCCAACGUAUGUGGAAAUCCGCGAUGUACUCUCAGUAUCUAACCUGCAAUUUGUGGUGGAGAAUAAACAGUACUGUCGCGAAAAGAGCAGAGAGUUGCAGUUCCGGGGCCGAGUGCGCGUGCAACUACGCAAUGCGGACGGUACACUGUGCAACAACGAUUUCUCCACCCGCGAGUCUGUCAUGAAGUAUGUAGCCGGUAAAAUACCGCAGCUGAAAACGCGGCAGAACAAAACAAAUGACCCUCAGCCGCAGUCGCAGUCAAGUGGGGCUGGAGCUGGUGGUGGAGGCGGUGGCAAGAAGGGCAAGGGCAAGCGCCGAUAAAGCAUUAUAGGCAAACAUUUCUUUGUGAGAAUUGUGAAAUUUGUUUAGUUGGUUUUUUGUAAUAAAUUCAAAAUAUAUUGUGAAA